GACUUAAGCAACGGAGCGCGGUGAAGCCCAUUUCUCCCUCUCCUCGCGGCCGCGCCGGGCAGCCCGCGGCGCGCGGCCCGCACUCUCCGGCCCGACAUGAACGCUGCGGCGGAAGCCGAGUUCAACAUCCUCCUGGCCACCGACUCCUACAAGGUUACUCACUAUAAACAGUACCCACCCAACACAAGCAAAGUUUAUUCCUACUUUGAAUGCCGUGAAAAGAAGACAGAAAAUUCCAAAAUAAGGAAGGUGAAAUACGAGGAAACGGUAUUUUAUGGGUUGCAGUACAUUCUUAAUAAGUACUUAAAAGGUAAAGUAGUGACCAGAGAGAAGAUCCAGGAGGCCAAAGAGGUGUACAGAGAGCAUUUCCAAGAUGACGUCUUCAACGAGAAGGGCUGGAACUACAUUCUUGAGAAAUAUGAUGGGCAUCUUCCAAUAGAAGUAAAAGCUGUUCCUGAGGGCUCUGUGGUUCCCAGAGGAAAUGUGCUCUUCACAGUGGAAAACACAGAUCCAGAGUGUUUCUGGCUUACAAAUUGGAUUGAGACUAUUCUUGUUCAAUCCUGGUAUCCAAUCACAGUGGCCACAAAUUCUAGAGAGCAGAAGAAAAUAUUGGCCAAAUAUUUGUUAGAAACAUCUGGUAACUUAGAUCGUCUGGAAUACAAGUUACAUGAUUUUGGCUACCGAGGAGUCUCCUCCCAAGAGACUGCUGGCAUAGGAGCGUCCGCUCAUUUGGUUAACUUCAAAGGAACAGAUACAGUAGCAGGAAUUGCUUUAAUUAAAAAAUACUAUGGAACGAAAGAUCCUGUUCCAGGCUAUUCUGUUCCAGCAGCAGAACACAGUACCAUAACAGCUUGGGGGAAAGAACAUGAAAAAGAUGCUUUUGAACAUAUAGUAACACAGUUUUCAUCAGUGCCUGUAUCUGUGGUCAGCGAUAGCUAUGACAUUUAUAAUGCGUGUGAGAAAAUAUGGGGUGAAGACCUAAGACAUUUAAUAGUAUCAAGAAGUACAGAGGCACCACUAAUAAUCAGACCUGAUUCUGGAAAUCCUCUUGACACUGUAUUAAAGGUUUUGGAUAUUUUAGGUAAGAAGUUCCCCGUCACUGAGAACUCAAAGGGCUACAAGUUGCUGCCUCCUUAUCUUAGAGUUAUUCAAGGGGAUGGAGUAGAUAUUAACACCUUACAAGAGAUUGUAGAAGGCAUGAAGCAAAAAAAAUGGAGUAUUGAAAAUAUUUCCUUCGGUUCUGGUGGAGCUUUGCUACAGAAAUUAACAAGAGAUCUCUUGAAUUGUUCCUUCAAGUGUAGUUAUGUUGUAACCAAUGGCCUUGGGAUUAAUGUCUUUAAGGACCCAGUUGCUGAUCCCAACAAAAGGUCCAAAAAAGGCCGAUUAUCUUUACAUAGGACACCAGCAGGGAAUUUUGUUACACUUGAGGAAGGAAAAGGAGACCUUGAGGAAUAUGGGCAUGAUCUUCUCCAUACUGUCUUCAAGAAUGGGAAGGUGACAAAAAGCUAUUCAUUUGAUGAAGUGAGAAAAAAUGCAAAGCUGAAUAUCGAACUGGAAGCAGCACCCCAUUAGGCUUUGUUUUAUGACUGGGUGCGUGUGUGUGUCUGCGUGCGUGUGUGUGUUACAUGCAUACACGCACGUAUACACCUGUGUGUGAGUAUGUAAUGCAUAAUGUUUAUUGUACAGAUGUGUGGCGGUUUGUGUUUUAUGAUACAUUACAGCCAAAUUAUUUGUUGGUUUAUGGACAUACUGCCCUUUCACUUUUUUCUUUUUUUCCAGUGUUUAGGUGAUCUCAAAUUAGGAAAUGCACUUAACCGUCUAAAGGAUUAAUGCUAAAGGAAGCUUUUUAGGGCCCUUUGCCAAUAGAUAGUAAUUCAAUCUGGUAUUGAUCUUUUCACAAAUAACAGAACCGAGAAACUUUUAUAUAUAACUGAAGAUCACAUAAAACAGAUUUGCAUAAAAUUAUCAUGAUUGCUUUAUGUUUAUAUUUAACUUGUAUUUUUGUACAAACAAGAUUGUGUAAGAUAUAUUUAAAGUUUCAGUGAUUUAACAGUCUUUCCAACUUUUCAUGAUUUUUAUGAGCACAGACUUUCAAGAAAAUACUUGAAAAUAAAUUACAUUGCCUUUUGUCCAUUAAUCAGCAAAUAAAACAUGGCCUUAACAAA